AUGUCUCCCGAAACCGCAUCUUGCUCGGCUGAGCCGGAUCGUCCUCGCAUCCUCCUCUUCUCCCGGUCCACAUGGAGCCAGCUUUCCCGCUCGCAGCUGAUUUACCUUCUAGUGGUGCAAGGCGUGGGAUCCGCUAUUCUAGACGCUGGAGCUAAUUUCGGCAUUGCGACGGCCAUGUACCGCGGGUCGCCCGACCCCGUGCGUGUAUGGGAGCUGCCGAAUAGCCUUGCUGGCGACGCGAUCGUGACGAUCAUGAUUCAGGGCACGCUGACGUGGGUGAUUGCUGGACUGCUGACGAGGCUGGAUGUGAAAUCAGAACGAAUCGAGCCAAUCUUUUAUCAGCAUGCACCUCGUCCACUCCAAGACUUCCCUGCUGACGGUGCUGCCUCUGGUGCGGUCACCCCUCCUCCUGGUGAACCCGCUGCCGCUGCGGCAGAUGCUGAUAGCAACAGCACCAAGGCACUUGACGGUUCCCUUACCCCUGCAAAGCUCACAAGUGGCCACAGUGGUGGCAUGUCGAAAUGUUUCCUCUUCUUGGACUCAGCCAUACGCUGGAUUCUUUGCCGAGGAGACUUCAACUUUGUUGCGUACAAGCCAAAGCCAGAGCCACAUCGCUUCCUCCGCUUCGUCCAUUCAGUUCUCAGGGGAGCAAUGUGCUCUGCGCUUAUUGCGAUUCCCUAUUGGCCGUUAUGCCUGGUCCCCCUACUGGCUCUCUGGCAUGGGAACGUUGACAUCCCCGACUGGCCAGGGCCGCAGAUCUUCAAGGCUGUGAUGGCGGCAGUGCUUGGGUUCUUCAUGACUCCGCUUGUGUCAAUGGUUGGACUUCUAGAGGCUGGAAGAUGUAGUCUAGCUGACUUGCAGCAGAUUUGA